UUAAACUUUGGUCUCUACAAAAUGCAACUAACGUCUAUGAAGACGCUUCGGUCCUCUGAGCCUCUGAGCAAACCGGUCGAACAAUGGAAAUUCAAAAAUUCGUUAUAUUUUUUAUGGCUUCUUCAACGAGGGGAGGAAUUUGGAUCGCGAAGCGGCGUCCGCUAGGGGUUGCUCGCUCGGUCGCUUCGCGCCUGCGCACGUAGUUCGCGCCACUGCUACGUCGCUUGCAAGCCAGAUGUUCUGAAAAGCUUCCUGUCGCCGUUUCAAUGCUCCGCAUUUUUAUCUAAUAAGUUAUUGUAAAAUGUGGACUAGGACCUUUUUAAUAUUUUCUUUUAUGAGUGAAGUAAUCAGUGAAUAAAUAUCAUGUGUAUUGGAUAAACUGUGUGUAGUAUAUUAAAAUUAUCGAGCGUCUCGAUGUCCACGAGUUCACUCGGGACCAACAAAGCGGCGGACAUUUUAUUUUGAGUACUCGAUAAUGUAGCGUUCGCGUCGAAAACAUUAAUGUCGUUUUAUGGUUAUAAAUUCGGAUAUCGUUCGCUUACACCUUUUCGAUGCCGAGAGGGGUGAAGCGAGGGCCGGCGGAGGGCGAGGCCGAGGUGGUGGUUCGCGCUACUGCGUCUCCUUCGCAUACCACGCUAUUGGACGACAGUCCUAGCCAGCCCAUUAGCUAUCACCUGCUAGAUCACGGCUAUGGCGCCACGCCACAGCAUCAGAUCAGGCGCGAGGCGCCUACGGCACCGCCGAAGACGUCUGAAGCGGUGAAAAGAAGACUGAACUUGAGUGAGAGCAGUUCCGGCAGCCAGGGUCACGUGGUGCCCAUGAAAGCCGACUUCAAGACGCCGAAACAGAAACGCGUCAAAGUCCUCACACCGUACAGUCGACCGUCCAGUUCCAUGAAAAAGUACACCGAACGUUCCAGGUUUGACACAUCAUUAGGUUUACUCACAAAAAAGUUCGUUGCAUUGCUGAAGUCUUCACCCAAUGGCGUCCUAGACUUGAACAUAGCGGCAGAACACUUAUCGGUCCAAAAACGUCGUAUCUACGACAUCACAAACGUUCUAGAGGGUAUAGGAAUAUUAGAAAAGAGAUCCAAAAAUAAUAUACAAUGGAAAUAUGGCGUGGGCGGCGCGGGCGGCGCGGGCGCGGCGUGCGGGUCGGUGGGCGCGGCGCGGCGGCUGCGGCGCGAGGUGCGCGUGCUGGGCGCGCGGCAGGCCCGCGUGGCGCGCGCCGUGGCCGUGGCCGAGCAGGCGCUCAGCGAGCUGUCGGCGCACCACGGCGCGCGCGCAUACAUCACCUACGCCGACCUGCGCUCCAUACGGGACUUCCGCAACCAGACCGUCAUUCCCAUCAAGGCGCCACCUGACACACGCCUCAGCGUGCCUCAUCCUGAUGAGAAGGGCUACAUGAUACAUUUGAAGUCUAUGUCGGGAGAGAUUGAAGUCUACCUCUGUCCAAAAGAACGUCCUCCUUCGCCUGCUACAUCAUCAGGCCCGCUGCCGGCGGAUCCACUGUUGGAAGACAACAAGGCACUAUUAGCACCACUCAUAGCGUUACUGCAGUCUAAACCUACAGGCUCCAUCACAGCUGACUUCACAACACCAAUAAAGCGAGAACCGCUGAGUGAGGCGUCUUCGACGUCUAUGGUGGUGUCGACGCCGUGCGUCACGGACCCCACGCUGCCGCUGGGCGGCGCGCUCGGGGCGCUCGGGCCGCACGCCACGCACGGCACGCUCGGCGGACUCGGCGCGCUCGCCGGGCUCGGGGGCCUCGCCUCGGGCUCCGUGGGGACCUUCACCACGCCACACGUCACGCCACUCAAGUCCCUCACGCCACACUCCGACCACUCCAGCCAACACGACACCCUCAACACACCCGACAGCUCGGGCGCACGAGGUCGGUUGCGUAACGCACUAAUAGCAGACAGCGACGACUUCGCGCCCAUCAUGGGCGGCGGGCGCUUCCAGCUGCAGACCGAGGACCAGGAGUCAGAACCGUUGGAGUUGGAGCCGUUCCUGGCGCUGGAGCCGCCGAUGUCGGCGACGGACUACGGGUUCUGCCUGGACCACGACGAGGGGCUCGCGGAACUCUUCGACUUCGAGUUCUAGUGCAGUGCGCAUGCGUGCCACGCGGCGCGCGCCCUACUCAUAGUACUCAGCUGUACUCAGUGCGAGCUACACUCGUCUCAGUCUCACUGGAAAGGUUUAGGCUAUCCAAUGAUAUGGUUACCGGUGUUGUGACAUCUGCUCCAGGUGUUGGGAAAGGUGCGAACCACUCUCAAUAACCUUGAAGAUUUGACGUGAAAUUGGGACGACUGUCGUAAUAGUUACAGAACACUCUCUAUUUACAUGUGCAAGUGUUAAUGAAUGCGUGCAUGCGACAUAAUGUUCGCUUAGCAGAAUCGUGCUCUGGUUGGCUCUAGUUACGCAAGUCGAUAGGCCCGCAAAGGUCGUGUAUGCCAUUUACUAAUGUUUUUGAUGAAUAUAUGUAAAGUUUAUUUCGUUACGUCACAUAUGAUAAUGAUGCCAUUUUAUUUACGGGUAAUACACUGUCAUCAUGUUGAAUUUGUUGUUUUAUAUUUACAUGUUACUCUAGACUUAUCUAGAAAACCGUGCUUACACAUUUCUAUUGUGCCUAGAGUCCAUGCAAUUAUGAGAAAGUAUGAACGAUGAAGUGUGUCAGACUAAAUAUUGUUGAAAGUAAUUACUUAUAGACACGUAAGUAGUCUGUUUUACUUUUUGACUAGAGCCAUUCGCAACUUACCUUACAACUUAUGCGGAAACGCAUGCAUUUCAAGUAAAUCAGUCGAUUUGUUAAAAAUUCCCAGAUAUUAGUGUAUUAUGGUAAACAUUUGUGAACCAUGUACCGCGUGUAACAGUGCCGUAGACACGUAAUAAUAUGAGAGUGUUCUGUAAAUGCAAUAAUUUGUGGUACCAAACAAUCAUUGCGCUCUAAUUUAGUUGUUAAAAUUAAUUUCGACGUAAAUUAUUUAGUUGGAUUAUUUGUGACGUAGUUGUCGAAUAUUUAACUAAUGCUAUGUGUUGUGGGACUGUGGGUGAGGCUCGCUGUUCUAAUACGAUAGUUGUAGCAGAUUACUGGGGUUCCAAGCGUAACUUAGAAUGUUGUUUGAGAGCAUAUCUAAAAAUACGAGUAUUUAUUUAGUAAUUCUUAUUGCUGUCAAAUCUCAAUUAUUUUACGGUUUUACACUGUAGAGCAUGCUAGCUGCAGUAGACGACAGAUAACCUCAUACACUCCCAAUCUGAAAACAUGGUGCUAAUUUCAUUUCUUCAUCUCGCCAUCAACUACAGUCCCACAUUACGAGUUAAUACUGAACGCUUAUAGUUAAAAUGUUCCUUGAAGGUGAUCUAAUUGAUUUACUUGUGUUGUUUAGUACCGACAACCACUGCUUGUUUCCAAUGUCUGUGGUCGGUAGCUGACGAGGGCGCAUACUACAGAAACAAUGCCUUAAGACAUGUAGAAUUUUGUAAAUAUUACACAAGCCAAGUUUUGUAUGCGAUCUCUAUAGUGUGUCUCCACGUUGACAUAGGAAGUAUGCGCCCGCGCAGGCACGUAGCCGGGCCCGCAGCGCCCGUGUACAUACGUCGCUCAAACCCGAGGGCGCGGGCGGGCGCCUUGUACAUAUACACUAAUGAACGGUGAUAUCUUAGCGGCCUUCGAUUUUACUUGUAAAGCUAGCUCUAGUGAUCCAUACGUCAUACGUUCACGUUAGGCCUGUCGUUUGCGUAUUGCACAUUGUUCCGUUAUCGAUAUACUGAUUUGCCAAAUAUUUAGUUAAUACCUGAGUUUGUCAUUUAAGUUUCAUUAUGGGUUCGUUUAGUUGUCAUUGUAAAUAGUGGUAGGCAGGGCGGGAGCGCGGCGAACGUCACCAUAUAAUUUGGGUAAAUAUAAUUUGAAUGUUUAAGUACAAAGUGCGAUGCCGCGAUAGCCGUCUUACCGUGAUGUAAGUACAUUACUCGAACUCGUUGGCACGCCUCCGCUCUGCCCUUUUUGAAUAGUGUACAGCACAAAUGUCAUUGUAAAAAACCUAUUAAUAAGUGCAUAUCAAAAUAAUUUUAAUGUUAGACUUAAUUUGGAGAUGAGUGUGAGUGGGUCGAGCGAGGGAGGCGCGGAGUGUCGGACUCAGGCAGGCGGAACCUGGUUGCAAUAUUAGUGCAAAUAGUAAGAGCAGGGCCGAAAUCAUUGUUUUAAUAUUUUAGUUGUCUAUGUUAGUUACAUUCCGUGCCCUUGUAAUGACAGACAACAGAUCCCGCGUCUUCCAGGCAUUUGUACAUAUUUAUAUUUUGAUGGAUUCACGAGAUUAGACUGAGAACGCGGAUUAUGAGUGUCACGGUACUCGAUCAACAGUAUAGCAGCACGUCGCGCGUCGAUACAAGCACUAGCGAGCACACGACACAAGGGCGCGGAACUCUCGCCGUAUCGGGCGGACACGCAUGCGACUACGUCCCGCCAGACUACCCGCAGAUAGUAUUAAAUCAUUGAUAUGUUUAUUUAUAAAAUUAUUUGCCUAGUGGGUUAGCUUUUAUAGUCACGAUACGAGUUUUUGUUUCACAUAAAUAGAAAAUUACCUUAGCUAUGUUAUGCUACGUUUUGAAUGAAAUGAAAUCUUACUACUAAUGAAUUUUUAACUUUUUUCGUUUCAACAUCGUUAUCAUUAAGUUUUAUUUCGGUUUGAUAGGAUUUUAUUUUUCGUUUUAAUUAUGCUUCGUGCAAAGCAAACUCUGUUCGAACGCUUUCGGAAUCAUACUACUGUAACAGAAUUUGCUUUUAGCGGCGCUCGUCAAGUACCUUAUUGUAAAGUGACAAAUUAUUAAAAACUGCAAAAUACUUUAGUUACCUCAUGUCAUGUUCCUUAAACAUCGUAGAAAUCGAUAAUAGUAUAAAUUUAUCAAGAUUGUUGGUAUACCGUUUUACUGUCCAAUCAGCUACCGUUUGGUAGUGGUUAAUUUUAUUGGUACCUGAGUGUCGAUUUUUAAGGAACACAUGCAAUCAAGGUGAAGGUUGCUGGUUGCCUAUGCAAAAUUUUUGUUCGGCAUCGCACCGCCUCUUGCUGGAGGCGGCAUUUUGUUUUAAAUUAUUUACGACACAAAUUCUGGGGCCAAACGUACGAGAAAAACAAGUACAAAUUAUUAACAAAAUUUUCUCGUAAUUUAGUUAAGGAACGCUACUUCCAUUGUUAACAUCGAUCGAUGUUUUGUUUUUAGCGAAUGAUUUUAUAGUCGGACGCGUUUGCAUUGUAAACACGCAGUAUCUUGUGUAAUGUGUGUCGGUUUAUGUUCUACUCUUGCAUCUUUGUAAGUUAUUGGAAUUAUUAUUUAUUUAGUAGCGCUUGUCUGAAAUCAUUUAAUCGAUAAUAUUAUUUGAUGUUAGUAAUAUAUUCGGAUCCUGGGUAGUGUUGGUAUAGCGUCUGUUUUACGAUAUGACUAAAAAUUUACUCAAUAAAUGGUAGAAGUAGUCUGCUUAUCUUCUCCACCUAAUAUUUUUAAAGACCAACGUAAAUCAGACACUAUAUUUACGUACUCAGGCCGACUUAAAAAAUCCAAUCUGGUAAUUUGUUAAGAGAACCUCAUAAUGUUACGCUUACACAGUAGCCGUCAGUAUUUUGUAGUCCAAUCCAUUGGGAUAUACUCAUUAUUACUUCAACUCUGCGCCGAUAGUUUGAUGCGGAUCUCAAAAUGUUGGUAUUGUUUGUGUAAGUUAGAAAUGAAACUAUCGGCGCGGGGCGAAACUGUUACAACGAUUUUAGUCCGUACAUAAUAACGUCACUGCGACGGUCCACAGGGUCCUAAUGUAGUAUUUCAAUACAGACAAUAUUAAAGUUAAUUGGAACUUCACAAUGAGUGGCGACGUAGGCCCGCUGUUUGCAAUGUUGUCUCGACACGUGAUGCGGGGUACAUACUGAUCUGAUAUCACUGGUAGUAUUCUUACUUUCUGUCUCUAGAUGUACUUAUGUUAUUGUAUAAAUCCGCGAGGUAGCCUAGUGUGAACUUUGUCAAUGAACGGGUUGUAACCAGUCGAGUUUGUUUGCUCCUAGAUGCAGACUAGCCAGUGUUGUUAUAUGAAACAGAGACUUUUUGACGGCAUGUUUUGUGUAAUACUUUAUCUGGUUUAAUGUAACAAAUUGAAGGUGCAAUGUUAUAAAUAUGUAUUUAUAGUGUGUGAGCGCGGGAGGGACGCGGGGGAGCGCGGGGUGAGCGCGGGGACGCUCGGAGUAACGAUACGCUUGUUUGCGCCAUUUGUUGUUGGUGUGAGGCCUGUUUGAUUUGUAUUCAUUUGUGUUGAAAGACUGAGGUUGAUUAUUCCAGUUUCGACGAACGUGCGAGUUAUUUGUUGAUUGAAUUUAAAUAUAAAGUCAUAUAUAUAGUUAGGUUAUAUUUUUUAAUAAAUAUAAUAUUGAGAUAUGUAAUAUA